AUGUAAUUAAAUUAUGAAAUUCUUCAAGAAAUUUAUUCAAGUCCAAGAGUGAGGAUUUAGAAAGUAAGAUCAUUGCAAGAUAACCAGACUUAUAUUUAAAAAACAUAUCUAUAAAAUAAAAAUGAAGGAUUGAAUGCAAUUAAAAUGUUAGCUCAAAUUAAGAAUCAAUUUGUAUUAUAAGUGAUUGAAUAUCUAGAAAAUGAAGAACAACAAUUAGUUAUAAUAUAAGAAUACUGUGAUUAAGGGGAUCUUAAAACAUUUACUUUACAACACAUCGGUUACAGAAUGCAAGAAAGUAUAAUUUGGUCUCUUUUCUUGCAAAUGGCAUAUGUUCUUUUGUAAUUAAAUGAACUAGGGAUACAACACAGAGUAUUAAUUCCUGAGAAUAUUUUACUACUAGUCAGAACUGAAGGGUAUUAGAUUCGAAUUACCGAUUUUCACAAAUCAUCAAGACAGACUCUCUGUUAAUCCCCCUGUGCUGCUAUUUAUUUACCAUAUGAAUACUUUUUUGAAGGACAUUACACUCAAAAAUCACAAAUCUGGUAAAUUGGUCAUAUCUUGUAUUAUAUGGUAUCACAAAAUUUGCUAUUCCCAACAUCGACUCUAGAGAGUCAAGUGAAGGAACAAUUACGAAGAGGUCGAAUCUAAAUCAAUAUCCCUGAUACCUAUUCUCCAGGAUUAAUAUAACUAAUCAAUGUCUGUUUGACAAUAAGAGAAAAUCAAAGACCCAACAUAUUGUAGAUUUUGAGGAUGAAGGAAGUUAGAGAAGCUUUGGCAAGACCAUAUUAUGAAUUUUCAUUGGAUUAAAGGAGACAUCUUAUGUAUUGGAUUAAUAGUUCGGAGACUGCUAUUUCCAAUCCAAUUCAAUACUCUUUUAAUGAAUUUGAUUUGCAUUCUCCAAGACAGAUUCAAAAAGAUGUAGUUGUCAAGAAGAAUUUCAAAAAUACUAAAUUACCUGAGAUCUUCUAGCAAAAUUAAAAUGCCAAAAAAUCAUCGACUGACAGAUUUCCAGAAUCUGAUAACGCCAAAAGUGAAAUCAAGAGAAAGGAAGAUAUGUAUUUACAAUAAUAAUUGUUGUCGAAAACCUAUACAAAUAAAUAUAUCUAAGGUGUUGUCAAACCCAUCAGUUUUCAUAAGAAACAAUAGGCAAUUGCUAGUACUGAAUUACCUAAAUUUUCCAUUCCUUAUUAAAGAUAAUUAGACCCUGUGUUCUAAAAUCUUCUGGAGAAUAAAAAAUAAGUUUGUGAUCAAUGGAUCGGAGAAACUGAGUAUAUGUUCUUACGAUCUUAGAUUAAAUUUAAUAAAACUGAUAAAUUACUCAAUUACUUGCAAACAAAACAUCCCAGAAUUGACGGUAGUUUCAUAUUAUAAUAAAUCAAUGACAUAGCGGAUUUAGAAGAGCAGAGGAACCAUUAGAAAUUCAAAGUCUGA